CCGCGCAAGCGCAGUCUGCGUGUCCGGGAUGUUGCCUUGGGAACGAUCCUGGGCUGGGACCCCCGCCGGGCCUAUGGACCGGGCGAGCCGCCUUAGGACCACCCUCGCCGCGCUCAGGCCCGCCUCCUGUCGGUAGCCAGAUGCAUGCCGGCUGCUCCUCCUUUCUCUGAGUUCACGCCAUGGUUACCCCUUCAGGCUAUGGCUGUCGCCGCCUCCUGCAGCGUCAGGCUUCUUGUCGCCUCAAAGUCGACUGAAUGCUCCUCUAUGCAAUGCGGUUGGAUGAGAACCACUCUCUCACGGAUGUUAGGACAGGUGCUAAGAGCUUAAUGAAAAUGGACACACAUCUUGCCUUCUUAGAGCAAACAGACUAACAGGGAAAAUAGAUGGGAAUUGUUGUACAGCCAUCCCAUUUGUAUCAGAGUCGCUCCAGUUUACCCUGAAUUAUAUGUGAAAAUGAAAUGCAUUGCCAAGAAAUGUGGAGUUCGGUUCCAGCCUCCAGCUAUGAUCUUAAUUUAUGAGAAUGAAAACGAGGGAAAGAGCCGCCAACGCAUCAUGCCAGUCCGAAACUUUUCAAAGUUCUCAGACUGCACCAGAGCUGCUGAACAAUUAAAGAAUAAUCCACGGCACAAGACUUACCUAGAACAGGUGUCCCUGAAGCAGCUCGAGAAGCUGUUCGCUUUUCUACGAGGUCACUUACAGGGGCAGAGCUUGGCAGAAACGAAGGAACAGAUUCAGCGGCAAACAACCAUUGACCCCGAGGAAGACCUGAACAAGCUGGAUGACAAGGAGCUUGCCAAAAGGAAGAGCAUCAUGGAUGAACUUUUUGAGAAAAAUCAGAAGAGAAAGGACGACCCCGGUUUUGUGUAUGACGUUGAAGUUGAGUUCCCUCAGGAGGAGCAGCUGCUGUCCUGCAGCUGGGAUGCAGAGUCAGCCGAUGAGUUCUGAGACCUACCCACCCACGUUUCCACAGAGAACAAAGAUUGGUUCGGGAAAACCUGCCAACACUAAUGUACAUAUAAAACCAAGAGACUUACAUGUACUAGGUAGGCCUAUGAGAAACACAGAAAAACAGAAUAGGAAUCUGCCUUUAAGGAGCUGGCAAUCCAAAGGGAGGGUAACUCAGAAACUUGUAGAUAGAUAUUUUAAUAAUAUUGCUCAGGAAAAAGAUUACAGCCAGAGUUUUGAUGAGAGCUGAAGAAGGUCAGAAACCAGGUCACUGGACUAGGGAAGACCCUUCCUCAGUGGAAAGAGGCCCAUGGUUGGUCCCAAACUGCUACAGAUGUUUUUCUAGAAAUCUAGAAUGAAAUCUAGAUGAAGCAAAGGGGGAAGGGUGCAGUAAAGAGACGAGAAGCAGGACAUUUUGAGAAAAAGUGAAUGAUUAUAGUUUGACAAGAUUGGAAUUAACCUGUAUUCAUUAUGUCUCUAUGUAUAUUUAACUCGGAGGUAGACAAGAUCACCUACAAAAUGCCUCACAGCUACAAAUGCAGGCGAUUCCCCCACAAUUAGGAACUCUAAAAUUACUCUGAAACCCAGAACCACUUCCUGUGAAAGGCUGGUUUGGACAGUGGAAGUCCACCCACAAUGAAUGAGCUAUAGGCACUGUCUGUUCAGACCUGUAAAGGAGGUUAGAUGUACAGAAAUCUCUAACGAGGCCACUGUGUGCAGGUGUGUUUGUUCUUACUAAAACGUUAGCCGAUUGAUAGAAAUCAUAUGUUUUCUACAAGGAAACUAUUACUCAUUGAAUAAAGCUGUGAAUGUAAGUGUUAAGUCUUA